CGCUCCUCGUUCCUGGCCAGUCAAACCGUUCACGUCAGACGCCCUAGACUCGAGUCGUUGCCUCAGACUUUCCUCCCAAAGCCCCGUUAUGCCAGUCACCAUGACCACCGAGAGCUUGAGACAGCGACAUCCGCUCGCUCCAACUGCAGAGAAGAUCGUCGAUGAUAUCAAGUCAACGGUGCGGCCGGAACAUCCAGCCGGAGCCAUAAAGCAUGGAAUGUUCAAUCAGGCCCUGCGCCUGGGUCUGUGUAUUCUCUACUUCAACACAUGCUGCUUAGCUAUUGUCUUCACACAGCUCAUUGGAGCGCCGUUGUAUUGGUACGACAAGAAUUUGUUCUACGCUUGGAUGGCCAUGACGAAGCAGCAUUUCGGCAUUGCGCUCACAACCUUGACGUACUGGUGGGCCCCGGCGAAGAUGGUCGUGUGUGGGGAUGAAAGUGUACGGGGACAGUUGAGGAAAACGGAGGAUGGCAGGUUGGAAUGCGAUUUCCCAGAACGUUUGAUCUUGAUCGCCAAUCACCAAAUCUACACAGACUGGAUAUACCUCUGGUGGAUCUCCUACACGUCGAACAUGCACGGCCACAUCUACAUCAUCCUCAAGGAAUCCAUCAAGUACAUCCCGCUCAUAGGCACGGGCAUGAUGUUCUACGGCUUCAUCUUCCUGUCUCGCAAGUGGGCAAAAGACAAGGAGCGCUUCCAGUAUCGGCUGCGAAAGUUGAACAGCAGUCAUAGCGGACCGAUGUCCGGGACACACACUCUGGAUCCAAUGUGGCUUCUCAUCUUCCCGGAAGGGACCAAUUUGUCUGCUAAUGGGAGAAAGAGCAGUAAGGCGUGGGCCGACAAGAACAAUAUCGAGGAUGCGCGGCAUGUCAUGCUGCCGCGCAGCACGGGUCUGCACUACUGCCUCGCCGAAUUGAGGCCCACAACUGAAUGGAUGUACGACUGCACCGUCGCCUACGAAGGCAUCCCCGUGGGCGAAUACGGCCAAGACAUCUUCACCAUCAAAUCAUCCUACCUCGAAGGCCGGCCCCCGAAGUCCAUCCACAUACACUGGCGUCGCUUCGCUACCAAGGACAUCCCAACGGACGAGAAAGCGUUUAGCGACUGGCUCCUCAAGCGCUGGAGGGAGAAAGACGACUUAAUGGAGUACUUCCACCAACAUAACCGCUUCCCGGCCGAUGACUAUAUCGAGACCCAAGUGACGCCGAAGAAUCCGCUGGAGUUUCUGAAUAUUUUUGUUCCGUUGGGGGCGCUGGCUCUGGUGCUUAAUGUUAUUGGGAAGAUGUGGGAUAUUGUCCUGCACACCUUGCGAAUCAGAUAGAUGAGCGAGCUUUGGCCUGGCCGAGAAUAUGCCACAGCGGAGUGGGGAUCCCAAUGGGAUAGGGACAUUGCACGUUGGCGCUGAAGAGACGGUUGGAUGUUAUCUUUUACUUUUGUCCUAUCCCUUGCGACGAGGUGUUGGGUGCUUGCUGUGGGCUUUCACUUUUUGAAUGGCGUCUGCGGCAUCUCACCACUUGGAAAGACCUGUAUACCCAGUUUCUGGAACUUUUGCUUGUCUAUUCUUAUUCUUUCGCAUGCGGUUUGUCCCCUCUUGUUGAUAAUUUUGGCCCAUCAUAGCACAU